GGACCAUGGCUUGAGGGGCAGAGGCUUUUGGCUCUUUGGCAACAUGGGGAAUCAGGACGGGAAGCUGAAAAAGACGGUAGGAGACGGCCAGGAAUGUCCGGACGACUCCAGGCUCAAGGAUGCCGAUGGUACAAAGAAAGGGUCGGGAGGCAAGAAGGCGCAUGCAAAGCACGGAAAGGGAAACGAGAGCCAUAGGAAGAAGAAAUCCGAGUCCUCCCGCUCGGUUUUCUCCAUCAGGAAGAGAAAACAGCAGACCCGGGGUAAGAAUGGGUCCAAGGAUGAUAUAUCGGAGAGCCGGGCCCUGCACAUUGAAGAGCUGGACAGCGUUCACUCGGUUACAAAGACCCCCGACAUCAGUAUUUCAGCGGACGAGGGAGGACUGACCGAUACCGAAGCCGAGCCGCUCGACAUCACCAACGACAGUCUGCCCGCUGCUCCGGAGCCGCCCACCGGCCAGCGGCUCAGCUCGGAAUCGGACACCGACAUCUACAGCUUCCACUCGGCCGCCGAGCAGGAGGACCUGCUCUCCGACAUUCAGCACGCCAUCCAGCUGCAGUGGUUGGGCAAGGAAACCGAGGGGAAGCUUUCGCUCACCGAGCGGCAGGCGGGGGUGAAUGGGAGGCCGCCAGUCCCACAGCCCGGCCCGGGGGCACCGGCUAGCCUUGCAGUACAGUCCGGCCAACAUCAGCAGGGUGAGCCUGCCUCCAGGGCCGAGCUGACCGAGGAGAAUGCCGAACAUAUCAAAGCCCCCGUUGAAGAGAGCCUGCUUCCUAAUCUGGAGGAGGGGACGCAGGACAUUCGGGUCGAUGCUAACGGUGGUCCAGUGGGCGACCUGUCAAUAACCCAGGGUGGGUUUGAAUCUCUUCCCGAGCGGCCGGCUCCUCCUGCAGAGGUUUGCUCGCCAGUAAAAGCUGAGUUGACUCUCGACGAGGAUGCUGGCGACCACAGUGUGCCCAAUGGACUGGCGUGCGGCCAGGCGGGCUCCGAUACCGAGGUGUCGGGUGACGCCGUGGGGUCCGCCGUUGAGGCUAGCGCCCGCCGCAUUAGCGAGGACAGACCGAUCUUGUCCAUCGGCAAUUCCCGCUCACACAAGCCGCCGGGACCACCUGCCGCUGUCAGACCUCAUGCCCCGGUCAAUGCCAUCUUUGUCCGAACGACGACUAGGCAGCUGAGCUCCCCCAGUAACUCCCCCCUGGCUUCGCCCUCGCAGAGUCCCCGGUGCCAGAGGCGGCGGCGGGCGGUGGAGCACAAGUGGAGCAGAGAGCGGAUCCGAGCGGAGAAGUGCCCCAGCGAGAGGAGGAACCUGAGCCGCUCGGCUGACUGGACCGAGGAGUUGAGGCGGCCGACUGCAGUCCGUGUCAAGAAAACGGGGUCUGUGGACUCGCUGCAGCGCUCCGGACCCCCCGAAAUUUCAUCUCUUCGACCGGCCAAGAGGCCUUCCUUACCCGAGAGCGGCUACCCCGAGAUCUUUACAGGGCGUACAUUGCUCGAAAAACUAUUCGGGCAGCAAGAGAAAGUACAGCUUUCCGGUGAACAUGAAGCAGAGAAACUGUGCUCCCGUAUUCUGGCAAUGGGUUUGCUGCUCCCAUUCGGGGACUGUUUCAGAGAGCAGUUUUAUGGAGAAGCACCACAAGCCACCACAAAAUUUGAUCAGGACAAGUUGUACACAUGGGCAGCUGUCAGCCAGCCAACUCAGUCACGUGACCACGGGGAAGAUCGGAUCCCUGGGAGAAUUCAGACAGUGUGGCCGCCUUCAAAGCCCUGGGCAGAAGGAAAACUGAAGUAUGUAGAAUCAGAGAAUCGCGAUGCUGUUCUAAGUCUGAAAAGGAUACAGAAAGAAGAACUACACACUUUACAAAAAGAUAAUGAAGAGAAAACGGCAGAAGUGAAGGAACCACAGGUUGCUGUUAUCCAGAAACUCGAGCAGACUAUUGAGCAAUUAAGAAUCAAAAUUGCUGAGCUGGAGAAGCAGUCAGCCCUGCUUGACCAGGAGAGCACUGUAAAGUACCAGGAACCUGGCAGCGAGGAUGUAGCUUCGAACACUCCUGAUGUUCAAACGGACUGGCAGACUCCUCUUCUAACACAUGCACAGAGAUUUUGUGUAGAAGCUAAAUCUGCACAGACUUCGCCUACUCAAGAACAAGCUUCUAUUCAAGUGCCUUUAUUCAACAGCCAUUCUUCACAGCCUCCAACUUCCAGCUGUAUGGUUUCCCCGUCUCAGGAUCGUUCGGUAAAUGUAACCGUAGCACAAUCGCGCACUCUGGGAGAUCCAUGCGUUGCUUCGCAAGUGCUGGCUUCUCAGCCUGACCAAGGUUCUCCUACUCCAGCGGGUCAAAGUUUACAGGACCUCCUGCAAGUUGUAUCCAUUCAGUGUACACCGUCUCCGUUGGCAAGCUGCCAAUCAACUCCUCUGCCUGCGGUGGGAAUUCUACAUUCGCCUGUUUUACCCAGUAGUGAUAUUUUGCAUUCGCCAAUUUCUCCACCUGUCUCUGACCCAUCGGGUAUUUCAGCCCCAUUUCUUCCUCCUCCACCACCGCCACUUCCUCCUGUUGAUCCUGAGCAUGUCCCUCCACUUCAGCUGCCGCUUGGCUGUGGGUACCAACCCCCUUCGCCUCCCCCUCUGCCUGGCUCCAUGUCCCAGCCUUCUCUUCCAUCUCCACCCCCUCUGCCUGGCUCUGCUGUUCCCCCUCCUUGCCCUUUAUCCAGCUCUGUUUCUCCUGCUCACCCGUUACCCUGCUCUUCCAUUCCACCUGCUCCCCCACUGCCUGGCUCUGGGCUUCCCCCAUCCCCUCCUCCUCUGCCUGGCUGUGCCAUUCCGCCCCCUCCUCCUCUACUCGGCACUGUCGUUCCCCCUCCACCCCCUCCUCCUCCUCUGCCAGACAGUGCCGUUCCGCCCCCUCCUCCUCCUCUGCCAGACAGUGUCGUUCCCCUCCGCCCCCCCCCUCCUCCUCUGCCAGGCUGUGUCGUUCCCCCUCCGCCCCCUCCUCCUCCUCUGCCAGGCUGUGCCGUUCCACCCCCUCCUCCUCCUCUGCCAGGCUGUGCCGUUCCGCCCCCUCCUCCUCCUCUGCCAGGCUGUGCCGUUCCGCCCCCUCCUCCUCCUCUGCCAGGCUGUGCCGUUCCGCCCCCUCCUCCUCCUCUGCCAGGCUGUGCCGUUCCGCCCCCUCCUCCUCCUCUGCCAGGCUGUGCCGUUCCGCCCCCUCCUCUUCCUCUGCCAGGCUGUGCCGUUCCGCCCCCUCCUCCUCCUCUGCCAGGCUGUGCCGUUCCGCCCCCUCCUCCUCCUCUGCCAGGCUGUGCCGUUCCGCCCCCUCCUCCUCCUCUGCCAGGCUGUGCCGUUCCGCCCCCUCCUCCUCCUCUGCCAGGCUGUGCCGUUCCGCCCCCUCCUCCUCCUCUGCCAGGCUGUGCCGUUCCGCCCCCUCCUCCUCCUCUGCCAGGCUGUGCCAUUCCCCCUCCACCCCCUCCUCCUCCUCUGCCAGGCUGUGUCAUUCCCCCUCCACCCCCUCCUCCUCCUCUGCCAGGCUGUGUCGUUCCCCCUCCGCCCCCUCCUCCUCCUCUGCCAGGCUAUGCCGUUCCGCCCCCUCCUCCUCCUCUGCCAGGCUGUGCCGUUCCCCCUCCGCCCCCUCCUCCUCCUCUGCCAGGCUGUGCCGUUCCCCCUCCGCCCCCUCCUCCUCCUCUGCCAGGCUGUGCCAUUCCCCCUCCGCCCCCUCCUCCUCUGCCAGGCUCUGCAUUCCCACCUCUUGCUGGUUCUGGAGUUGCCCCUCCAAUGCAGAUGGGGCAGUGUCCACCACUUCCUCCUCCAGGCUCGGGUUUUCUUCCACCACCCCUUCCGUUGGGAUUUCUUGCAAUUGGAAUGAAGGACAAAUUGCCAAGGAAAGUUGCCAUUGAUCCAUCUCGUCCAAUGAAGCCUCUCUAUUGGUCAAGAAUCCAGCUAAGCAGUAAAAGAGAAACAACACUACCCAUUUGGGCAGCACUGGAAGAACCUACAAUUAAUGCUCAAGAACUGGAAAACUACUUCUCCAAAUCGGCUGUCAAGGAGAGGAAAAAGCCAAUUUCGGAUACUUACAGCAAAACAAAAGCCAGACAGGUUGUAAAACUUCUGAGCAACAAGAGGUCGCAGGCUGUUGGAAUUUUGAUGUCAAGUCUUCACUUGGAGAUGAAAGAUAUCCAGCACGCUGUUCUGAACUUGGACAAUUCUGUGGUUGACCUGGAGACCCUUCAAGCCCUGUAUGAGAAUAGAGCACAACAUGAAGAGCUGGAGAAAAUUGAAAAGCAGAUGCAUAAAUCCUCUAAAGAUAAAGAUAAAGAUAAUGCCAAGCCUUUGGAUAAACCAGAACAGUUUCUCUAUGAACUAUCUCAAAUCGUCAACUUCUCCGAACGUGUGUUUUGCAUCCUUUUCCAAUCUACUUUCUUAGAAAAUAUUGCCACCAUCAACCGUAAGCUUGAAUUAAUGGACAAGUUAUGUAAGACGCUGCAAACAAGUACUGGUGUAAAGCAGGUACUGAGUUUGAUUCUUGCUUUUGGAAACUACAUGAAUGGUGGGAACAGAAGUCGAGGCCAAGCAGAUGGCUUUGGUUUGGAGAUUCUUCCUAAACUUCGAGAUGUGAAGAGCAGUGACAACAGUAUUAACCUCCUCUUCUACCUGGUAUCAUAUUAUCUGCAUAAUUUUGAUAAGGAUGCAGGUACAGAAAAAAGUGUUUUCCCUUUGCCAGAACCGCAAGACUUGUUCCAAGCUUCACAGAUAAAGUUUGAGGACUUUGAGAAGGACCUCCGUAAACUGAAGAAGGACUUGAAAGUUUGUGAGACAGAAAUGGAAAAAGUCUGCCACCUUUCACCAGAAGAACAUCUACAGCCUUUUAAAGAUAAAAUGGAAGAAUUCAUUAAUCAAGCAAAGUCUGAUGAAGAAUCUCAAGAAGCUUUCUUGUCUGGAACACACAAAAGCUUCUUGGAAACGGCAGCGUACUUCAGCAUGAAGCCAAAGUCGGGAGACAAAGAAGUCACUCCAAAUCACUUAUUUACCAUUUGGCAUGAAUUUUGCACUGAUUUCAAGGAGUACUGGAAAAAGGAAAGUAAAGUUAUACUGAAAGAAAAGUAA